UCAAAACAGAACAAAAAAAUAGAAAACCAGUGUUUCUCUUAGUGGUUGAAAUAUGACACUUUAUGGGCUGUGGUGUCAGUAAGCAGUGAGAGGGUGAUGGAAGAAGCAAUGCUGGGUGUCGUUGCCUGCUGUCACUGCUGAAGUGCACAUCCCACCGUGCAGCUAGUCAGCAAUCUGGGAAUUCACUUCAAUCAGUAGUUCAGCAGUGGCUUCAGGUGAACAUGAACAUCCUGCAAGUCCUGGGACUCCUACAGCUGUUGGCUGUACCUGCUUUUACAUUGACACGUUCAACCCACGACUACUGGGGUGAGUUUGGAGCCUAUGGACCCUGCAGCCGCAGCUGUGGCACAGGGGUGGCAGUGAGAACCAGGAAAUGUAUUACUUCAAGGACAGAUGGUGGACAUAACUGCAUAGGAUCCUCCAAAUCAUUCCGCACCUGCAAUACACAUGAAUGCCCAGUGAGCUCGAGGGAUUUCAGGGAGGAGCAGUGCUCCCAGUUUGACGGAAUGGACUUUAAUGGAAAACGCUACACAUGGUUGCCUUAUUGUGGAGCUAAUCCAUGUGAGCUCAACUGUGUCCCGAGAGGAGAGGAUUUCUUUUACCGACACAGAACUGCAGUGGUAGAUGGGACCCCGUGCUACGUGGGCCGCAGUGAUAUUUGUGUGGAUGGCGUCUGCAGGAUACUGACCCGUGGAGAGUUUAUGGGCUUGGAUGAAGACACUAACUCAGUACACUCCUCUGCUCCAGUUGUUGUUGCUGCUCCUCGUCCAAGAGAGACAUUCACAUAUGUCUAUAGAGCUGGUGUGUUUGGCGAGUGCUCUGCCUCGUGCAGCGGAGGCAUGCAGCAUCGUAGUGUGGAGUGUGUAGUUGAGGAUCCAGUGAACCCCCGUGUGGUCGACGAGACUUACUGCAUUGCCCAGCGCCUGCAACGGCCACCGAGUCAGCAGGCCUGCAACAUGCAUCCAUGUACUGCAGAGUACAGCGUGUCCAGCUUCAGUGGAUGUUCAGCAACCUGUGGAGAAGGACAGCAGACAAGGGAAGUUGUUUGCGUCGGACCAGGAGGCGAACAUCUGCCUGAUCAUGCAUGUAGUGGACUGGUUCGACCUCCUUCUGUCCAGGCUUGCCGCAGACCUGCCUGUUACACACGCAUAACCUGGCAUAUGACAGAGUACGGCCUGUGUUCGAGAAGUUGUGGUGGCGGUGUGAGGGAGAGGAGAGUUGCCUGUUUUGACACUGAUUUGAACCCCUACCCUGAAGAUCGUUGUGGGUUAGCUCACAGACCACAUUCUGUGGAGGAAUGCAACACGCACCCCUGCCCUGGGGUGCAAACGGCCCCAAGUGUGCAGGACCCAAGGCCAGGUGGAAGCACUAUUAGAGGAUUUGCGCCCCAUAUUCCAGAAGAACCUUCAGUUUCAAGGCCAGCUACAAACAGUGUGUAUGACUCUUACCCUAAUGAGGUGAGACCUCACUGUACGCAGUCGCCUUACGGCUGCUGUCCUGAUGGCCGUACCUCUGCCACGGGGCCCGGGAACCUGGGAUGCUCACAGGAAUGUGUCCGCACUAGGUAUGGCUGUUGUUUGGAUGGGGUGACACCCGCUCAAGGAUUCGGACAGGCUGGGUGUCCUGAGUACCAGACUGUGCAGCACCCAUCACCCACUCCUCCAUCCACUGGCAAUUUGUGCUCCCUGCCUCGUGAUGAGGGCCCCUGUGAGACCUGGACGGUUCGGUUCUGCUAUAAUCCUGCCACUGCCAAGUGUACCGAGUUCUGGUAUGGAGGCUGCCAGGGCAAUCCCAACAACUUUGUGUCCCUGGAGGCAUGCCAACGAGAGUGUGGAGGUGUGGCGAGGGUGCCUGUAUCCACAUCUCCAAGAGAAACUACAAGGAGAGCGACACUCAGGGACCUUCUGAGAGCAAGGCCAUAACCACACAUGCCACUGAUAUCUCCACCAGUCAUGCUCUCUGUUUGAAGAAAAUCAAGUGAUUUUGGUACACAAAUGUAGCCUACAGUAUACACACCAAAUAAAGAAAAAAAGAAUAA